AUGCAUCUCAGGCUUGGCGUCCCUGAUGGUUUUCGGCACAAACCCAAUCAACCCGUCUUGGCUUCCGAGCAGGCCCUUGUUCUUGCAGCCGCUGCGCGUGGGGCCGCGGUUGGUGCCUCGGCCCGCUCUCUCCGACACGCUGGAUGUCAAGAGUCCACUCAGGAGCGGUCGCUGGUGCUCUACGACGACAGCGACAACAAGCGCAAGGCAAAAGGUGUCGGCGGUGUCCCGAAGAAGGGCAAGAGGUUCGGCCUUCCUGAGGAUAAGCCGUUUCGGCCCCUGCCGUACGUAGAGCUUCCGGUGGGGCUUUCCGAGGUGGAGGUCGAUCAGUUCCUGCGAGAGCAGAGGCUGGAGGACUUGAACCGCAAGCUCCAGUUGCAACAGUUGGAGGAUGUUGAGCCCGACAUCCGGCCCCCGUCGCCCCCGCCUCUCUAUGACCGUCAGGGCAACCGCUUGAACACCCGAGAAGUCCGCAUCCGCAAGGCGAUGUUGGCUGAAUUCAACCGGCUCAUCAGGUACAUGCUCAAGAACCUGGAGAACUACGUACCUCCGGAGGGAUGGAAGCCGCAACGCCUUGUGAAGAAGAUCAUCAUCCCCUACGAGGCCUUCCGUUCCGUAGCGCGCUGUGGGGCUGUUCGCUGCCAGGAUGCCCAGAGGGCGAGCUACUACGGCUCCUACAGUGGUGAUCGCUUUGGUGGCGGGAUCGGACAGAGGGUAGGGAUCGAUGAGCGGGAGGAGGCACAUCAGCCACUGCCCGGCACAGGCGUUGCAAGGAUCGCGACCUUUACCGAGACCCACGAGAGGCUGCAAGCCUGGGCCACUGCCGAGAACUGGAAGCGUGCAACCGAAAUACACAAGGCAGCUUACUUCACUAGAACAACGAACGAGAUCCAGGAGAGCGUCCUGGAGCAUGUUCGACAACAUUACUGCAGUGCGUCAUACGUUGCUGAGAAGCCCAUUACAAUGGCUUUGUUUCGGCUUAAGGACUUGGAGGACUUUGAGAAGGGCCGUUGCAAGAGGCAUAUUCGGCAGCUGCCGUUGGUGGUGCAGGGAGUCUUCGACGAAGCGACUGAGCCAUGUAUCGUGGACUUUGCCAACAAACGCUUGGGUGGGGGAUGGUUGAGCUACGGAUGUGUUCAGGAAGAGAUCCUGUUCAUUGAGCGCCCCGACUUUGGUGCUUUGUGUGCACGCAGCCUACUCGAGAUGCCCGACCCCAGCAUGGAGCCUUUGGCCAGCCCCUUUUCCAUGGAGCCCAACGAGGCUUGGGUCAUGCGAGGGGCUCCGCGCUUUGCAAAAAUCGGCUGGUAUGGCAGGGCACCGAAGGAUGCCCUGAAGAGGGUGCUUUUGUUGGAUCCAAAAGAAGACCAGCGAAGCUCUCCUACCGUCGUGGCCAUCGAUGCCAUCAAGGCAAGCUUCGAGGUCUACACGUUGGAGCAUCUGAAGCUGAUGCUCCAAAAGGCCUACACAGGCUUCGUGGCGGUGAAAGAGGAUGAGCUCUUCGGCGAGACGGAAGUCUCCACCGGCAGCUGGGGCUGCGGAGCCUUUUUCAACAGCGAGCCCGUGAUGUUUGCGAUUCAGGCACUUGCUGCGAAUGCGGCGGGAGUGCGCCUCGUGUAUCACACCUUGGGUGACGGACGUCGGCUGGCACCGGCCUUCGAGCUCCUAGAGGAUGCGAUGCUGCGCAAGCUCACUAUCGCGGAGGCCUUGGAGGCCUUGGCCGAGAGAUGUGCCGGUGACCCGGCCUUCCGCGUCAUAAUCGGUGCCCGCGGCGUCAACCACAAGCGCUUGCAGGAAGCCAGCGGGUGCCGGAUCUUCAUUCGUGGGAAGGAUAUCGGGGACAAAUGGCAGACCGAUGAAGAGCUGCACAUGCCCCAACAUGUCCACAUCGAGGGAGACACGGAAGAGCAGAUUGAGACAGCAACGAAUCUGAUCAUGCCGCUUCUGAACCCGGAGAGCCCGGAGUUUGAGUACGCAAGGACGCACGGGAUGCAGCAAGUGGCGGUGGUGAAUGGCUUCACGUUGAAGAAGUCAGAACAUCGGUGUGGGGUGUGCGGUGCACUUGGGCAUCUAGGCUUCGAUUGCCCGGAGACAGAGGCGUUCAGCUACAAGAUGGCCAACGUGAAGUGUACCAUCUGCGGUGAUCGGGGCCACGUGGCCUCUGAUUGCAAGCAAGCGGCCGAGCAGCACAAGAAGGCUGAUCGAGAGGCAUGGAGAAGAUUGAGGACACAUGACACACAGUACGACCCUCCUUUGACUACCACAGGCUGGAAGCAGUCGAGCUGUGCCGGUAAGCAAAUUCUGCAAGACCUCCAGCGCACUUCCACGCCGGUGGCCUGCAUCUAUAGCAGCCCAACCAUGCGAACCAUGGCCACGGCAGCAGCGAUUGCCAAGGAGCUCAGUGCACCGGGAGUUUCCCCAGCCUAUGGUCUGAAUUGCUGUGCUGCGGCGAAAAUGGUCGGCGUCUCCUCGCGCUACUUCGCACGCCCGGCGGACGAAGGAACCAUGAAAGGAGUUCCGGUGUCCUGCUGGCCGCCAGUCGGAGAUGUUGAGCAGGUCGGUCAAAGGAAUCGGAGCCCUGACGGAUUUGUGGAGACCGUGAAAGAACUCACAAGUGCGCAUCCUUCCGGGGAGGCAGUCGUCAUGGUCUCUCACAGAGAGGGUAUCUGGGAGGUCUUGUCGCACCUCCACAAGCCACCAACUGGAAAGUACUGCAGCACGCACUACUUGCAGUACGACCAUGUCUCCAAGAAGAUCAGUCUUUGGAACAUCGAGGAUCAUGCAGUUGAGCUGCCGACCCAGCUGGAGACAGCAAUUGCCAAACUGAGGAUCGGGGAGUCAGAUGCCUCUCCCACCACGCCAUCGAAGGGCCGGGCUCGACUGGAGCUGCCCGGCACCGUGUGCCUCUGGCAGACCCCGGGCGUCGCGGGUCUUUGGGUCGAGAAGGGCUCCGUGGCCACAGGAGAGGUGGUCGAGCUCUUGAGCAGCCCCCAGGCCAGCGAAGGAGAAGCUGGCGACUUCGUGCUAAUUCGAAAAGAGAACGGUAUCGAAGGUUGGACACCUGCCAAGCACCUCAAGCCGAUGUUGGCUCUUGGCUGA